AUGGAAGGCGGAUAUCAGACGAAGGAGGAAAUUGGUGUGUACGGCUCACGGGUGUCAAGUAAUUUUUUGGAAUCAGGAUGCGGUGUUGAAUGGGAAUAUUCUCAAGUAACAUGUUCUGAUGGUGCCGGUAGGACAGGUCACACAUUCAACACUAAUGUUAGUUAUGCCAAAAUCUUGUCUCAAACCAAAGAGUAUAAGUGUAAUUACGAGGUCAAGACAUACUACAAGUGGGAGUACAGUGUAAACGUUGGUUUAGUGUGCAAUGCGUAUCAUGCUGGUAACGUGGAGGGGCAGUGUGAGGCAUUUGCAGCAGAGCAGUGGGCGAAAAGUGAGGGAACGACAGUGCAGAGUUGGCUCGUAGAAAACUGUGAGGACAUGAGAGGUCGUGCUUUAGCUUGGGAAGAACACCACAGUACUUUGGGACUAGUAAUGAAUGAUUGUCACGGUGGUAUGGAUGGGAAACCAGGGUUGGUGUACAACAAGUGGUGGUAUGCGGACACGCCAGUAGACGAGAAUACAGACACGUUACAGAGCGUACACGGGUCGCUUGGAAUCGAAACGGGGUGGUGCAAAGGUAGUAGUGCAUACAAUACCCGCAGGUCCCACUUUCGUGCUGUAUACAGUGGCUGGAUAGGGUUUGCUUGUGUUGAGUUCAAUGGCAAUCUCCCUCAAGGUUGCGAUUGUAGCUAUGGGGAGCGCGUGGUACUGAGUGACUGUGCUGGUGUCACUCACACCGACCAGUUCGUAGAUCAGUACUGGGCGUUCAACGCUGCAAGCUUAACAGACUGUCGGAUCGAUGUUAGAAAAGUUCGCGGCCCCAACAUACUGAAAGGUACUCUGGAUGUUGGCGGACCAGAUUCGGACUGUUAUCAAGAUACUACUAUGAAUUGGCCAGGUAGUGGGGAGUGUGAGCAAAUUGCAAGAAUGUAA